AUGAACGCCCGACCCCAUGCAGCCGCAGACGCGCGAUACAGCAGACGUCCUACCGGCGCGAACGCCUUUCGCCUGAAGAGCGACGACAGCCGCCGCACGAACUACAGCCGAAGUAACAGCUCGACAGGCUCUGAAGACGUCGACAUGAGCGACGCGUCUCCCGCCCCGUCGAGUCGGCUCCAACGUCCGUCGUCGUCUGCGUCUUCGACAGUGUCGUCGACGUCCAGUCAGAGCCGCCACUUGUUGCGCGAACGUACCGCAAAUGCCCACCAAUCACCUGCCACCAGUCGUUUGAUGGCGCCAACUGCUUCUUCACUAGCACAUCGGACGGCAUCACGGCUCAAGUCUCCGUCGGAAACUGGAUCGGUGCCGUCGUAUGCUCGACCGACAGCCAGCAGCACCACCACUGGAAGACACCAAGUGUCGAGAAUCCCGUCGACACCAACGAAAUCGACGUACGGCAGCAGUACGAGCAGGUACCAGUCCGCCACAUCAGCUUCUGCUGCACGACCAGCGCCCGCCCAGUCUUCAUAUGCGGGUGCAAGUACAACUAGCCGAUCGCAGACCGACUUGUUGGGACCUCAGCCUUCCUGUGGCACAAGCAGGAUGCAGCAGCGUACAGCAAUUGCACUACCGCAUCAGACUCGUGUCGGAAGAGCUGCUUCGGACUCAGAUACGGCAGAGAUGAUGGACUACGAAGACGAACUGGAUCCACGCAAGCAACAGCAGGAAGAAGCAAUACGGCAACCGCCAAAAGCGUGGAGCUUGGACGAUUUCGAGAUAGGACGCGAACUGGGUACUGGAAAGUUUGGCCAAGUGUACCUUGCGCGCGAAAAAAACUCGCGCAUGGUUGUGGCGCUCAAAAUGCUAGUGAAGGAACAGCUGAAAGCUGCAGGCGUGGCUCAUCAGCUGCGCAAGGAGGUAGAAAUCCACUCGCGUAUUCGACAUGAGAACAUACUGCCGCUGUAUGCCACCUUCCAGGACGCUACACGAGUCUAUUUGGUUCUGAAGUACGCUGGGGGCGGUGACCUGUACAAGAAGAUGCGUUCGAUGCCUGGACGGCGGUUCCCCGAGCGCCAAGCCAUGUUGUAUACUGCUCAGCUUGUCAGCGCGUUGGAGUCGUGCCAUCACCAGCACGUGAUUCAUCGCGACAUCAAGCCUGAGAACCUCCUGUUGUCUGAAGAGGGUACAAUCCAGCUUGCUGAUUUUGGCUGGUCAUCCGCUAACGUGACAGCAGCUACUCGCCGCGAUACGUUGUGUGGCACCCUGGACUACUUGUCACCGGAGAUGAUUCGAGGCGAGAAAUACGACGAGUCGGUGGACAUUUGGGCGGUUGGAAUCAUCAUGUACGAGCUUCUGGUGGGCAAGCCUCCGUUCGAAGCCCCGGGGCAAAAUGAGACCGUCGAGCUCAUUACCGAAGGCCAGCUCUACAUACCGCCCAUGGUAUCUCUGGCGGCAAAAGAUCUAUUGACACGGAUUCUGCAAAAGCUACCGGAAAGGCGUCUCUCACUGCAGGAGAUCAAAGCUCACCGCUGGUUUGGCCCCCUCGCCGCCCGUCAACGGUCUGUUCGACGUGGCGUUUAG